UACCCAUUUGCGAUAUCUCAUCUCAUCUCAUCUCAUCUCAAGAAUGACUCAUCAAAUCAGACUCAAACAUUCUAGAAAGAAAUCAAGUUCAUCAGUUCCAGAAAUCGAACUAACCUACCAACACUCUCAACCACAUCCUUCAAAAAGAAUGAGAUUAGAUCAUUCAAACUCUUCUUCUUCUUCUUCUCGUAGACGACAUCAACCAGAUUCAUCUCACCAUCAUCAAUCAAAUCAAGAACCAGAGCCAAUGGAAAUCGAAGAAGAUCUCAAUCCAUCUCAUUCAAACCUAAACAAAAGACAAAGAGGAACCAGUCCUGAUUCCGAUCAACGUUCAAAACGUUCGAGAUCUUCGAAUUACGAACACCCAUCCGAUCCUGAAUCCUCUUCUCUUAAUCGAACCAAACCUUAUUCUCAUCUUUCAUCUGCUAGAAAUUCAAUCAAAAGUCAAUCUAAAUCAAUUUCAAGUAGAUCUGCUUCAAUGGAAUUAAAUUUACCAAACUUCGUACCUGGUGUUCCAACUUCAGCUCUAUAUGCUGAAAAAGUAGGCAGAGCCGAUCGAUUCAGAGUCGCUGGAAACAAUCUAUAUCAAGAAAAAAAUUAUACCGGUGCCGUUCAGCUAUAUACCAAAGCCAUUCAAGCUUACCCAGUCGAAUAUCAACCUCAUCAACAAGCUCAUCCAGGUAUCACCACCUCACUCGCUAAUCGAGCCUCAGCCUAUAUGGCUCUCAAAGAAUUCACUCCAGCAGCGGCAGAUCUACUUCAAUCUUUAAAAUCCACUCAUUUACCUGUUUGGUUGUCUGACUCAUUAAGAUCAACAUUAGGUAAACGAGUCUUGAGAUUGGUGAAAUGUCAGUUAGCUUUAUUGAAACCUAUUGAAGCGAACGAAGCUAUUGAACAUCUUAGUAAACCGACUUCUUCUGUCUUUAUUGAUUAUCUUCAUCCACUCUAUCCUGAGAUGUCAUCUUUGAUCAGUCGAAUUAAUAUGUUGAAAGAGGCAGUCGGAUGUGUAGAAAGAUCAAAGUUAUUGGCUAAUUGGACUAUGUUGGCUGAUGCGAUUGCUUCAAUUGAAAAAAUGUGGAUGGGUUGGGGUUAUGUUCAUAGUAAUUCAAAUUCUCCUCAAAAACUUCCAGAAGUUUUGAUCUGUUGGAAGGCUGAGGUUAAAGCUCGCAUGGGUGAUGGAAGUGGGGCUUAUGAGAUUUUCCUCCAAUGCACUCAAGCUGGAGAGUUACCUGAAUAUGAUCGAGAGCGAGUCCAAGGUUUAAUUCAUUUUGCUCAAGCAAAAUUUGAGCAAGCCGUCUUGUCCUUUGAUCGCUCUCUCGCCUCUCAUGAAGACUCUAGUUUGGGUCAAAUUCGGAGUCGGGCUCAAGUGUUGAAGAAUGCUUGGACACGAAUCAAAAAUAUGGAUCGGGCUGAUCAUAAUCAAGUUAUUAAAUCUGCCGAGCAAUUACUCGAGCACUCUUUUGAUAAAAUGGAACGUCUCUUUCGUGUUGAACUUCGAUUAAUAGUUUGUGAGGCCCUCGUAUUUCAACAACAAGCAAAUCGAAAGCAACCUAUCCAGAACCAUAAACUUCAGGCUAUGCUUAGUCAUAUCUUUGCAGAUCUCGAUUAUAACUUUGAACGACGGCAACAGCUUGAAACUGAAUAUCGAACUUAUGUAAUCAGAGCACUUCUUUCUCAAGCUAGAUUUAACAACGCUUCAUCAAACACGAAACUAGCUCAGCAAGAUUAUCAAAAGAUAUCAAAACUGUUAAAAGAAGAUCAAUGGGCUACAGGGUUGAAGAUUGAUGUAGCGGCUGUGAUCAGAGAGGUCGAACGAGAAUGUAAUAACUCGUCUCGAAACUCUAGUACUGGGCGAAACUCUUCGAGACGAUCUAGUCCACCUCGUCAAGCACCUCCACCUCGUCCUAAAGUUUCAGCAAGGGACCCUAAAGGAUAUUAUGCUAUCCUUGAGGUUUCUCAUACAGUUACGCCGUCUGAACUCAAACGAUCUUAUCGAGCGUUGUGUCGAAGACUACAUCCCGACAAAGGUGGUGCGACCAACGUGUUUCAACAGCUUCAAGAAGCAUUCGAAACCUUAUCAGAUCCAUCUAAAAGACGUUCAUACGAUCGUCACUAUUGAUCAUCUUUUUCCAAGUUUGUAUUACUACUAGAUGUAUAUAUAAUUGUUUAUGGUAUACCCACAAUUGCUCGAUCGAAAGAUCUAGUCAAGAAAACCUAUUGAAGAUCACAAGAGUUGCUUAAUUUUUUUUGCUCUUGAUUCAAAUUGUAUAGUAAAGAAGCUUCAACUAAUAAUAAUCAAACUGUGUUUCUUAGGAUUGUUUUAUAUACUUCUUUCCAAAAUAGAUUUUUGCUUUGUUUGUAAUUAGAUUAUCUCUCGACGUACUCUUAUUUAUUUGUUUCUGUCUGAUCUGUUCUUUUAUUGAUUUCAUACUCUUAUACAUAAACUAAUCGAAUCAUUCUGUAGGAAACUUGAAUAAUAAUUUUCUUUAAAGAUUGUAAUAAUGUCAUUCACCAGAAGUGGAAAUUUAUUGCGAUUAUAGUUUUUUU